AUGAAGUGUACUCUGUUUCUCAUCGCCAUAGGUGCAGCCCUGGCAGCGCCGUCUGAAAUAUUCAUGAAGGAGGGUAACAUCUUUUGCUGGGACCUGUGUAGCUUUGAAGAGCCCAAAUGCCCCGACCAGAUGCCUGGGUUCGCGUCGAGUCGCCGCGCUUCAUGCGGGCAGAACUUGUCCCAGGAUUGA